CUCUAGCCCGUAAUAUUCUCUCUUCUCUCCUCUUGAUCAGUCAUCUCUGUCUGGACAGAACCAUAGCAUGACUACCUACACAGAUAAAGGGGAGAAGCCCGAGAAGGGAAAAUUUGUAAAGUUCCACCACGUGACCUUUUGGGUGGGCAAUGCCAAACAGGCGGCUGUGUUCUACUGUGACAAGAUGGGCUUUGAGCCAGUGGCCUACAAGGGUCUGGAGACCGGCAGCCGAGAGGUGGUGUCCCAUGUCAUUAAACAGGAUAAGAUAUUAUUUGUCUUCGAAUCUGCUCUGAAUCCAGGAAAUGAAGAAAUGGGGGAACACUUGAUGAAGCAUGGGGAUGGGGUCAAAGACAUUGCUUUCCAAGUGGAGGACCUUGAAUUCUUAAUCAAGAAAGCUAAAGAACGAGGAGCGGUGGUGGUCAAGGAGCCUUGGAUUGAGCAAGAUAGUUACGGCAAAGUCAGGUGUGCUGUCGUUCAGACGUAUGGUGAUACAACACACACUCUCAUUGAGUACCUGGGUCCCUACAAAGGCCUGUUUCUGCCCGGAUACAACGCACCUGUGGUAAAGGACUGCCUGCUACCCAAACUGCCGCCAGGACUCCUGAACUUCAUCGAUCACAUUGUGGGAAACCAGCCAGACGAUGCAAUGGUGCCCGUGUCAGACUGGUGAGUGUCCCUGUCGGUCUCA